AUGAAAUUAAUCGAUUUUAUUGUUCCUUCAUUUUAUUACAGAAUUUCUCAAGAUAUAAGGCUCAGAGACAAAAUUCCAAAUCCGUUGCCAUCUGAAAAAAAGCCAAAAAAGUCUACAAUCAGACUGGAUACAGAAAAAUGUAUAAUGCUCACUGAUAAAAUUAAAUCGUUAAUAGUUAACUCAUCAGCAAACUUAAAUACGCUUCAAUUGGGUUUAGAUGACCUACUUGAUAAAGUUGUCAAGGCAGCAAAGGUUCAAAAACGAAUGACCCAGUAUUUUUCGAAAUUAAGUAUCCCAAUGGAAAUCAAGCUUAGUAUUCUCACGCAAAUUACAGAAUUUGGAUGCAAUACCCCUCAAUUCAUUGUUGAGAAUGCCAAGUCUUUUCAAGAUAAAAUUAUUACAGAUUUCCACCUUCAAAUUUAUACAACAUUAUAA